AUGGGGAUGUUGAAAAGGGAGUCCCUCUCUUCAGUCCCACCUGGAGCAGGAGGCCCUUCACCGUCACAUGACUGCACGUGUGCGUACGCGCCGUGGAUGCCAGUGAACAUGGCGGAUGAGAACGCAGAAGCGGAGCUCGACUUGAGGGGCCGACAGAGCCUGCUGCUCGACGAGGACACAUUUUUCGCCAUGGAGGGUAUGCAAGCCACCUUUCAGCAAUUCGAAGCCGCGCUUCGGCAGGAAGACGUUUCUGAAGAAUCGUCCACGGAGUAUUGCAAUAACUUCUGCGAGGCUCUAAUGGAUUACGCUGGAAGCAGGAAUUCAGUGGAACACGGAUUGCCUCUUUUGGAGGUCUACUGUCUGUCAAUCAACUGUUUUGCUGCUGCCAGGCCGCAUCUCACAGGCGACUCCCCAAAUGUUGCCCUUGUGCUCAAAAGACUUGCAUUGAGUUGCCUUGAAUUGUUGUUAUCAGUGCCUCAAAAUGAAAUCCCUUUGGAAGCAUGGCUGCAGUUCCAUGGUUCAGUUCAGGCGGCCCAUGAGGCCAUGCUGCAGUAUGGCAGUACAGAUUUGCAUGCCCUGCUGAACAUCACAGGUGAAGGCGGAGCUUGGAAUAAUCCUGUCCUGGUCUCACUUCUUACCGGCCAGUCAACAGACCCAGAUGAAGUGAAUGCCUAUCUUGCUUUGGAGGGAGAAGGUUUCAUGGAAAUGCGGAUCAAACACCUGGAGAAAGUAGGGGAGGUAGAGAAAGCGCUGAUCCUCAACAAAGCCUGUGCUAACUGUAGCCUCCUGCCUAACCAGUCUACUUUUCGCCAAACGUUUGUCGCCCAACUGUGCCAGCAGCUGCCUAGUGAGGAAGCAAUUUUAGAGAUUUCUAGAAUAGAUGCAAAAGAUGUCCUGGACAUUAUUUGCAACAUGGAUGCUGAGGGGGAAGAGAGCACAGCCUUCAUUCUGUGCACCACGUAUUUUACACAGCAGCUACAGCAGGACAACUUGGACUGUUCCUGGGAGUUAACCCUCCUUUGGAGCAAACUGCAGAGGAGAAUUGAUGUGUCCCUUGAAUCAUUUAUUGAACGGUGCCUCCAGUUUGGAGCCAUUGCCAGGACUAUCUACCAUCUCCUUUUCCUCAUUCGUGUAAUUCAGACAGAGGCAAUGCAGCUUGGCCUAGCAGUUUCAGUUGAAUUGUGCGUGAAGGCUCUUCGGCUUCCAAAUCAAGAUGUAGACUCUAAAACAAUGGUCUGCAAAGCUGUUGCCUGGCUCCUCCCUGAUGAUCUGGAGGUUAUACGGGCUUGUCAGCUCACAGAAUUCCUCUUAUGUCCUGUUCAGGAAGCCUUUGAUGUCCUUGAGGGGCUCUACACACGUCCUGAUCAAAAAUAUGACGAGGAAAAUGCCAUUAUCCCAAAUUCCCUGCGUUGCGAGCUGCUACUUUCUCUGAAAGCACAUUGGCCCUUUGACCCUGAAUUCUGGGACUGGAAGACAUUGAAGCGCUCCUGCAUUCAGUUACUGGGACUGGAACCUGAGGAAGAAGUAGAGGAUGAAGCAGUACCUGAGGAGCUGUGUAAUGUUGGAGGAGUUUUAAAUGAAGAGGCUGUGAAGGAGGAAGAAGGUGAUUCUGAGAUUAAUGUAUUUAGCAGCACUGAGCAAGAGCAGACAGUGGAAAGGAAAGAAACCGAAAAGGAGCAAAAAGACUCGGAAGAUGUCUCUAAGAGAUCUGACAAGCAUGAGAAGAAUAAAUUUGUCUGUCAGAUAUGCCAGAAAGAAGUGGUUGAGACACGAAUCUGUCAGCAUGCCAGAAAACACAUGGAAGAUGAUGUGUGGUCAUGCCCUGUGUGUCUACAAAAGUUUAAAAGUAAAAAGGAGUUUGAGCCACACUGCAAAAAACACAUUCAGAUUCCUGCAGAGGGUCACUGGAAAAAGAAAAAAGUGAAGAAGGUGGACCCAAAACAAUAUUUCAAGGAGGAUAGUUUUGAUGAGUUAGAGCCAGGUCAAAUUCCUUUGGACCCUUCUCUUGCCAUGUACUAUCAGUCCACCCAUGACCCUGUUGUAUUAGAACAUAUAUUAAAGAAAGCUGCCAGUGUGCCUGAUAAGGAAGUAGAAAAUGACUAUAUUACAUUUGACUACAUUAAAACACACUAUAAGUUACAGAAUCGUGAUGUUUACCAGUGUCCAGCCAGUAACUGCUCAAGGAAUUUUAAACUUUUCAAAUAUUUGGGUGUGCACAUCAAAAAUGAACAUGAUAGUGAAGAUCCCAGUCUGAAACAUUAUCUGGAAAUGAAAGACCGUCGGGAGAAGUGCACUUUCUGCCGGAAGACCUUCAUGACUGCCUAUCACCAUCGCCAGCACCGCUGGGUCCAUUAUGGAGAUCAUCCCUACAAGUGUGUGGUCACAGGUUGCGGUGCCCGUUUUGACACCACCAAUGAACUUAUAUCACAUAAGCAUAGUCAUGGGUUCCGUUUGUCCUAUGGCUGUGAGCUGAAAGGCUGCAGUUUCUCCUAUUGUGACCUUGGGCAGCUCUACCACCAUGAGGCGCAGCACUUCCGCGAUGCUGCUUACACUUGCACCAGCCCAGGGUGCAAGAACUUUUUCUACUCUCGCAAAGAAUUUCUUCAGCACUUGGCAACCCAUGGCAUCACCUUUACAGAGAAAGACUUUGAGAGACAGAGAAAAACGAAAAGAAAACUCUUGGUCCCAGUUAUGGAAAGCUCUGGGUCAAAAGUAGAAGUAGAGAAUGGCAUCACAAAAGGUUCAAGUUCUUCACAGCUCUUGGCCAACGGUGAAUCUAAGGUCUCGUUGACAUGUGUUGCUGUCUGCUUUGAUGGUAGAACAUUUACAUGUGGCUUAAAAAGUUGUGGAAGGACAUUUACUACCGCAAGAGAACUUCAGAAGCACUUGAGAAUUGCUCAUCCAGAUGAAUUAAUUGAGGAGGAUCAAUUAUGCAAGAAGAAAGUACAAGCAAAGCAUUCUAAGACUCAAGCCAAAGAAUUGCAAAAAAGUGGUCAGGAUAACACUUUAAGAAGGUCAUCUACAGAGGAAUCUAAUCACGAAAAGGCUCCCUCACCGGCUCCCGAGUCCAUAGAUUGUGACGCAACACUUUCAAACGUGGAACUUGGUGUAGCACUAACUGAGAUCAUGCUUGGAUUGAAUCAACUAAGCCUUGAUACUCCCAGCACCAGAUAUGCUAUGCGUAAUUCACAGAGCACUUGUACACCCACCUUGAAAGCAAGGUCACCUGCCAAAGCAGCGAACAACAAAAAUGAGGUGAGAACUCAAGUAUCAAGUAGUGAUUCAAAGAAGCUGCCAAGCAAGCCGGAAUCGCCACAGACACGUGACAACAUUAAAGACUCUGAGAAGGAGCAACUUCAAAGCGAGCUCUCAACCAAGCCUUACACCUGCGAAGCCAAAAGCUGCCACUACCAGAGCAUUACUAGUUGUGCUUUAAUGCAGCACUACAUUAAAAUUCAUGGUUACUCUGAGGAGAAGGUUAAACAGAUGGAGGUGUUUCAGUCUCGAACAUUCAAGCCUGACGGCACUGAGAAUUCUGUCUUGGAGGACAAUCAACCACAUAGCGAGUUCCUUGUGCAGGCCACAACAAAACCUUACACCUGUGAAGCUAAAUGUUGCCACUACCAGAGUGUUACUAGUCGUGCUUUAAUGCAGCACUACAUUAAGAUUCAUGCUUACUCUGAAAAAGAGGUGAAAGAGAUGGAGGUGUUUCAGUCUCAAACAUUCAAGCCUUUCAAGUGUCAUCUUUGCUUCAAGAGCUACAGAAACAAAAAAGGAUUGAGGAUCCACUAUAUACAAAUGCAUCACAUAAAUAAAGCUGUUGUUGAGCAGAUGAGCUGCUUUUUUAAAAGGAGGCUAGUUGAUAAAGCAUCCGUGGUGUCAUCUAAGGUGAGGAACAGGAAGAAGUCUUUGAAGAUGGAUGAUGUUAAAACCCAAAGACGUGAAAAACACCUGUGGCAACAGAAAUGCCAAAAACAAGAUUAUCGGUUAUGGAAGAGCAAACUUCAUAGGAAAAAUGGACAAGCUAAAGCCGAAGAGAAAAGCCAAGUCCCUUCUGAAAUGGAUGCUGAUGUAAACCACUCAAAUGUUGAUGUUAGGGGAAGUCGCCGCUUGGUAGCAAAAGGGAAUCUGAGCUACAUUCUCACUAAAUACAAUAAACCCUUUCACUGCGUUCAUAAAAACUGCAAUGCUGCCUUCAAUAAUCAGAAUGCCCUUGUUGGCCACCUUCAGUUGGUGCAUCACUAUAACCGCUCACAGUUGUGCUUCCCAUGUGAACACAAAGGAUGCGAUAAGCAGUUUAACAACUUGUCUAGUCUUACUAAACACUACCGUAGAGAGCACAACUUUAACAAAAAGAAAAUUACAUCAAAAAUGCUUUGCAAGUCUAAGAACAUUACAAAAAGACAGAUGGCUUCAUCAGAGGAGCCCAUACCGAGGUUCAAAUGUACCUAUGCUAACUGCAAUGAGUCCUACCAUCUCAACAGCAGCCUCUUGCGUCACACAAGUCAGUUUCACCAGAACCAGACUAGUCCAAGGCACAAAGACAGGUCGGAGUUAACAGCGCCUCCCCUUAUACGCCCUCCACCGCUUGACCUCUCUCCACCCUCUACCCUCAGAAUAGCUGUUGAUGAAAGUUCAUUUGAACCCUCUGGUAAAGACAGUAAAUCUAUUAACAUUCCUUCUACUGUUUCCAUAUCAGUUCCCACCCCAACUCGGCAGCCCCUCAGACGGAAGAAUGAACUCUCUGAACCACCACCUCCAGUCCCUCUUUCACCGAUCCCAAAGGACCCUAUAACGCACAGUCUAGCCCCACAAGCUAUUGACAUUGGAAAUUACAAACCUAUGGGCUUUGAGUCGUCAUUCUUGAAGUUCAUUAAAGAGAAAGAGGAGGAGAUCAAAUUUGAAAAGCAGUGGACUGCAGUGGUUACUAAUCCUUGUCUCAAACCUGAUCCACCUCGCCGCCGCGAUUGUUUCAGACGGAACUGCUCUGUUAAGGAGAAUACUCAGAGAGGAGCCCCAAUCUCUCGAAGCCGCAAGUUUCGCUCAUCCCCUCUGAGGCACUUGAUCUCUAAAGGAGAGUGUACCUCUAUCCAGAAUCUCCAUCUGAUUUUGGAGAGAGCUUUAGGGGGCUGUGGGGACCAAGCUAUAAAACAACUUCAGUUCUUGAAGCCUGUGGUGGUUCUAGAGAGGUCAAAGUCCUUUGCCUCCAUUCUCGAUCUCGUACCCUCUGAAACUAAAGCAUAAGCUUCUGUUGGGCGCCAAGGCAGUUAAAACUCUUGCCCACUUUUUUAUUUGAGAGACUUUCAUAGUAUUUUUUAUAUCAUUGAUACAGUUUUGAUUCUUUGCUGCCAGGGUUAGGUACCUUGAGUAAGUUGUGAAUGAUUAUAUCUGUAAAUAUGGUCAAAUAAAAAAGAACAACAAAUGACUUUGAAAAUGCAUAUUCUGUUAACUGUUUUGUAUACACAUCUGACCAAUCACUGUAAAUGACUCCAAAGGAUCCACGUUACAUUGAAUUGGUUUUAUAGACACUAAGAAAACAUAUGCAGAAGUAGAAUUGCAAAUAAAUGUAUUCAAGUUACAAAUUAAACCGGGACAUCAUUGGUUGUUUAUGAGUCUUACAAAAAUGUUUGGUAACCUUUGAACAGGAGACCGGCCUACAUGUUGAUAUUCAUCCUCAAAUGGCAAGCCCAAAAACACUAACUAUGCAGUAUAUGGUUUAAUUCUCCCAUCAUACC